AUGCGUUGCGCCGUUGUUCUCUCACUCACUGCUCUGGCAGUUGCUGCUCCUGUCAGCCAAGGACUCGAGGCUCGUCAGGACGAUGUCGCCAGCAUUCUGGCUGCCCUCCAAUCUGAGAGCCCCGAGGAUGCCCAAGCAGCUCAAGGUGCUCUGAACGCUCGUCAGGACGAUGUCGCUAGCAUCUUGGCUGCUCUCCAGACUGAGAGCCCCGAGGAUGCCCAGGCCGCUCAAGGCGCUCUGAACGCUCGCCAGGACGACGUCGCCAGCAUUCUGGCUGCUCUCUCAUCCGAGAGCCCAGAGGAUGCCGCGGCUGCUCAAGGCGCUCUGAACGCCCGCAGCCCCAAGAAGCAGGCUGCUGAUGACGAUGAGGAGCAGCUGGAUGCCGACGGAUAUGAGCUCGACACCCGCAGCCCCAAGAAGCAGGCGGCUGCCGACGACGAGGAGCAACUUGAUGCUGAUGGAUACGAGCUUGACACCCGCAAGGUCAACGAUGAUGACGAGCAGCUUGAUGCCGAUGGGUACGAGCUCGACACUCGCAGCCCCAAGAAGCAGGCUGCCGAUGAUGACGAGGAGCAGCUUGACGCUGAUGGAUACGAGCUCGACACUCGCAGCCCCAAGAAGCAGGCGGCUGCUGACGACGAGGAGCAGCUUGAUGCUGAUGGGUACGAGCUUGACACCCGCAAGGUCAACGAUGACGACGAGCAGCUUGAUGCCGAUGGGUACGAGCUCGACACCAGGAAGACCAAGGAUGCCGAUGAGGAGAAGGAGGAGGAGGAGGAGAUUGCUGCGGGUGAGGAGGACGCCUAA